UCAGUGCGUGUGUUUCUUGGUGAGCAAGUUACUCUUAGUGUAAUCAAAGCGUUGCCACCUAAACAUAAUUGAAGUUUCUGAUUUAUUCACUCUCUCCUUAGAAGUUCUGUAAAACUUGGUUCACACCUCAAUGGCAAUACCGGCGGACGCUCCAAAAUUAGGUAGAAAGAGAAAGCGAAAGAGAUUAGCCACCGAAAAAAAGCUCACUGUAGGUGAAAGAGUGGAGGUAAGGAGUGAGGAAGAUGGGUUUCAAGGCUCAUGGCACCCUGGGAGUGUCAUUGCAUGUUAUAACCAAGGUCGUCGUGUAAAGUACGACCAUCUCCUAUGCAAUGAUAAGUCUGAUAAUCUUGAGGAUGUCGUGUUUGUUUCACGUUCAUUGAAUGGCAUUGGUUCUACUGAUGCCAACAGCUGCAAGUAUCGUGGGUGUAUAAGGCCGACGCCACCUCAUGUGGAGUUUAAUAAAUGGGUCCUUUCCUAUGGUGUGUGUGUGGAUGUGUAUUACCAGGAGGCUUGGUGGGAAGGUGUGAUUUUUGAUCAUGAUGACGGUUCGGAUGAGAGAAGGAUUUUCUUUCCUGAUUUGGGCGAUGAAUUAAAGACAGGAAUUAAUAUGUUGAGAAUUACACAGGACUGGAGUGAGGCUACAGAUAAUUGGCAGCCUCGUGGGAUCUGGUCAUUUCUCAAGUUGAUUGAGGAAUAUGAGCAAGAAGGAUACCUUGGUGUUUCAGUCAAGCAAAUUUGGUAUGACGUGCGGGGAAAAGAAGGUUUUGUUGAGAUUGAGGAGUGGACCUGUAACAGGGAAGACUUGUGGAAAGAGUUAAUGUUGGAGGUCAUUGACGAUAACUUAAGUAUCAUCCUAAAAGAUGUGUUUCAGGUUUUUGAUCAUUCCGUGAGCUUGUUACAAGAAACCAGUGGAGGAUUGAAAUCAGCUAGAACUCAUGUUGACGCUGAUACAAGCCCUGAAUCAAAUUUGGAUAAUUCUCAUGCCAUCGUCCCUGUUGAGGAGUUGUGCAGUGAUCCAUUUAUUGAUCAAGAGAAGCCUCCUAUGGAUGAAUUAUUCUCUGCUUUAGAUGCUGAUGAGGUAGAUAUGAAUCUUUUGGCUGACUCAGAUGUACCCUGCCACAAUAAAGCGGUGUCUUUGAUAGCUGAGAAUUUGUCGGCAUUACCUUCUAAACCAGGUAAAAUUUCUAGCACCAACUUAGUGACCAUUGGUGAAGAACUCUCUAGUACUAAUUCCGUUAAGGUCAAUGGGAAGCGCAGAUGUUUUACACGCAAAAGAAAUUGGCUACCUGCUGGUCCCAACGUGCUUCCUGACCCUGCAUUCUGCCCGCAUGCUGUUACCGAGUAUGCACUUUUGAGAAUGAAACAUAAGAAGCCGGGGAAUUCUUUAGCCACAGAUGUGAGGAAGCAUCUUUCAUACCUGGGAUGGAAGAUUGACUUUAUUAGAUAUAAGGGUGAGAAUAGACUACGCUAUAUCUCACCUAUUGGGAGAUGUUACUAUUCGCUUCUCCAGAUCUGUCAAGAAAUGAGGGGAUCCACCACAGAGAUGAUCUCUUCAUUCUCGGAAAGUCAGAGAAGUUCUCAUAUAUCUCAAGAUGAUACACCUUCAUUUUUGCUCCUAGAACAACCUCAAGCAAAUCAGGAUCCUUAUUUUUGUCCUCAAACUAUGGCGUCUAUGCAGUCUGAUAAACUUGGAGAGAAACCAAAAUUUUGUCAUCAAGCUGUUGUGGAUAAUGAUAUGCAUGGACAAGUUAAGAGCUCCAAAAAAUUAAAAAGAAGAAAGGUUUCUAGACCAUUGCCAAAUUUGAGAAAUGAUCUAGGAAGUAUUUGCCCAACUCGUAUGCUGAUAUCAAGGAAAAGAGUACAGGAGGUGGUUACUCCUAGAUCCUCACAUCGCAAUCCUCGAACUGUACUCUCUUGGUUGAUAGACAACAAUGUGGUGUUGCCGAGAGCAAAAGUAAGCUAUUAUAGCAGAAAGAACCACCGUUCAUUGGCUGAAGGGCAGAUAACUCGUGAUGGGAUUAAGUGCAAUUGUUGUGAGAAGGUAUUUACUCUUUAUAACUUUGAAGUUCAUGCUGGUAGCAAAAACCACAGACCAGCUGCUAGUAUUUUUCUGGAAGAUGGAAGGUCUCUGUUAGAUUGCCAAAUGCAAUUGAUACGUGUUAAGAAGUUUAAAAACUUCACAAGAAAACCACAUGUUAGAAUGAAGAGAAGUUCUCGUCAAGGCGAGAAUGACAGCAUUUGUUCUGUUUGUCACUAUGGAGGUGAAUUGAUAUUAUGUGAUAAAUGUCCGUCUGCAUUCCAUAAGAGUUGCAUCAAUUUGAAGGAUGUUCCAGAUGGUGAUUGGUUCUGCCCAUCAUGUUGUUGUGGAAUUUGUGGACAAAACAAAUUCGGAGGCAACAGUGAACAUCAAGUUGAUGAUAUUGUUCUCACAUGCUAUCAGUGUGAGCAUAAAUAUCACAUUUACUGCUUACAAAAUAGAGGGGCUGCUGGGAUGGAAAUUUGUCCUGAAGAAAAAUGGUUUUGCUGCAAAAAGUGUGAGCAGAUAUUUUGGGGCCUCCAAAAUAUUUUAGGCAAACCAAUUCCAGUGGGUGAGGACAAUCUGACUUGGAUGUUGUUAAAGCCUAUGACACCUGAUAGUCAUGAUUUAGAGGCCUUGUCAGAGAAUUACAGCAAGCUGAAUGUUGCUCUUGGUGUGAUGCAUGAGUGUUUCAUACCUAUGAAGGAACCUCGCACUCGCAGAGAUCUUGUUGAAGAUGUUAUUUUCAGUAGAGAGUCAGAGCUUAAUCGUUUGAACUUUAGAGGGUUCUACACAGUGCUUUUGGAGAGAAAUGAUGAGAUGAUUGCUGUGGCUACUGUACGGAUCUAUGGAGACAAGGUGGCAGAAAUGCCUCUUGUUGGUACAAGGUUCCAAUAUCGUCGUCGUGGAAUGUGUCGCAUAUUGAUGAAUGAGCUGGAAAAGAGGCUCAAGGAAUUAGAAGUUGAGAGGCUUCUUUUGCCUGCAAUUCCUAGUGUGCUGAACACAUGGACGACUUCUUUUGGGUUUACAAAGAUGACAGAUGUUGAGAGAUUUCAAUUUUUGGAUUCUACUUUCUUGGAUUUCCCAGAUACCAUUAUGUGCCAGAAACUCUUAAGAACCAACCCUCUGACUGAUUCAAGACCAUCAAGAGGAACGCAGCAUGAUCUUGUCUGUGGAAACAGGGAUAACAGUGAUUUGGAUCUGUCUGGUGCCAUCUCUGAAGUAUAUCAAUCAGAAAAAGUUAAUGAAAGCAGAGUUUUGGACCAGGGAUUGGUGGUGCACCAACAGAUAUGAUAGCAACAAGCCAGUUGAUAUGGUUGUGGAUCAAAAAUUUCUUGGCGAAACCAGUUCGAGUGUGCUUGCUUGAAGGUGCUAAUUGUACUGAUUUCAGAUGCAAGCCUAAAAGCAGAGGGUAAUACUACAAGCUGAGUUCUUUUCUUUCCUUUUUUUUUUUGCCUAGAAAGCUAAAGUUAUUGACCUAAAUUUGAUCGGAGCGCGGUGAAGUGAAAUUAUUCUAGCUGUGUUGGGGUGAGGCUCAAAGAUUGAUGAGGUAGUUGUUUAGACUUUGUCAAGGAACUCAAAUCUUGCUUCAUUAGAAGCUUGUACAAAAUACAUGAUAAAGAACUUGGAUGUUGUUUGGUUUAGGUUUAAGCCUAUUUAAUGUGUCGGUAGAUCAGCAGAUGUGGUUAUAGAGAUUACUUUUAUUGUUCUUUGGUGCAUGGAUUGGUGUAGAAAUGCAAUGCAAUGUCGUAAUAUAUUUCUAGAGUUGUGCAAUAUACUACAUCUUUGCCCUAAUCUUAU